UCUGGCUAAAGACCAGCAGUUGUGCGUCAACUUCGCGCUCGUUUUGCGACUUCAACUCAAGCAAAAGUAGCACUUUUUAACACACCGCGGUUAUUCGAAAGUGAUUUUGUGCCACAUCGCAAGAUGUAAAAAACGAAUAGACUCCGACCGGAAUAAUGCCCGGACAAGUAUCAAGAUCAACAAAAUGAAGCGCCUGUGCUUUCGUCCCAAGCUUGCCACAAUUCACCGUACUCGCCAACUUUAGAGACACGAAAUAGUCGAUUUAGCUAGAAAAUCAAUCAUGACUGAAUUCGACGAAAAUAACAGUAAUUUCACAACGGAAGACACAAUGUCUACUCCCAUCUACCUUUCGCAGAACGACUCCGACCUGCCGAACGGGACGAACUUCAUUCCUGAAAGGGACUACAUAUACGACGAAAUUUACAUUAGGAUUAUCUUCAUCUCUCUUUACACCGUCGUAUUUUGUUUGUGCUUCUUCGGGAAUCUUCUGGUUAUUUUGGUGGUAACGUUAAGUCGACGACUUCGAUCCAUCACCAACUUCUUCUUAGCCAAUUUAGCUGUUGCCGACUUCUGCGUCGGCAUAUUUUGCGUCUACCAAAAUCUGUUUAUCUACCUCGUCGACAGCUGGAUGCUCGGGGAAUUCCUUUGCAAAAUGUACAUGUUCAUCCAACAACUGAGCAACACGGCAAGCAUCUUCAUUCUUGUUAUCAUAUGCAUCGAGAGGUAUUUCGCCAUAAUUUACCCCAUAACUUGCAAACAAAUCCUCACCCCCAAGAGGCUUAGGUUUAUCAUUCUGGGGGUUUGGAUAACUUGCAUCCUCUACAGCUCUCCGAAAUUCUAUUGGAGUGACGCCAUUACUGUAAACGUUAAUAACGUCAACGAAACAAUGUGCAUUCCCAACAGGAAGAAAUACAAUUCGGAACUUUUCGACGUCAUUCACUUUGUGUUAUUUUACAACAUCCCUCUGAUCAUCAUGUCGCUGCUGUACUCAAGAAUCGCCAUAUGCCUCUGGAACAGUUCACAGCAACUAAAGAAGCAGCUUAACGCCUCCACCAACGCCAAUCAGUAUCAAGGAUUGUGUCAAAGACAGUCGAGUCGAUAUCGUGUCGACAAAAAGGUGACAAACGGAGACGCCAAGCUGCUCCAGAACUCGUCCUCGACCAACAUGCCAAACGCAAACUCCAGCCAGAACGUGCUGGCGGCACGAAGAGGCGUCAUCAAGAUGCUGAUAAUUGUCGUUUGCGCCUUCGCCGUGUGCAAUUUGCCGUUCCACGCGCGAAAAAUGUGGCAGUAUAGGUCUGCGGACUACGAUGGAGGCUCCAACUUCAGCGCUCUGUUCACUCCAUUAACUUUUCUAGCGACGUAUUUCAACUCGGGGGUCAACCCGCUGCUCUACGCUUUCCUGUCGAAAAACUUCAGAAGGGGCAUGAGAGAAAUCCUGCUUUGCUCGUGCCGCCGAAGGAGACAGCAGAGCAAUCGAAACCAUCUAAGUUUGCAUGUAGGGAUCCAGAGACACGCUUCCACAAGAUCAACAGUCAAAGCCAAUGCAACCACUGUGACAAUAGUGAACAAUGACCACAGUUCGGAAUGUUCUCACGAUGUAUGAGGAUGCGCCUCCUGUCUCUACUGUUCGAGAUACAGUUAAAGGGGCAGAUCACCAAAGUCUGUGUACAUAAGAACUAUUUUUGUAUUUAUGUUGUAUUUCUGUAUUGAAAGUCUGUAAAUAUGGCCAUAUUUAACAAUAGUGCUGUCAGACCAUAUCUGUUGAAGGUACAUUAACUGAAGCUUUAAAUUUAUACUAAUGCAAAUUUUUGCAAUAAACGGACUUGCUGUGAUGCAUUCGAUGCACAAAUGGACUACGUUUAACGCCAAAGUUCGCCGGUGUGCGGUCAUGAAAUGUUGCUUGGUAUUUGUAAAUAUUAACCUCAUGUAUUUUCCUACCUGUUA